GAAGGGGCAGAGGGGGAAUGGGGAGGAGGAGCAGAACUAUGAUUCUCUCCUGUAAUCCUCUCGACAGAGGCAUGAGGCUUGUGAUGUGUAACAGAGAGAACGAGAGAAGGGAGAGCGAGACCAUGUGUACGAGAGGGUGAUGAGAGACAGAGUGACAGUGAGAGAGAAAGAGACUCCACAUUGAGACAGAGGAUUGCAGAAAAAAGGAAGGAAGGAAGGGGUGGCGGUAGAAUCCCUCAUUCCAAUAGAACAGGAGGAGAGAACCGAGACGGCACAAGGGAGGCAUUCUUGCAAGCACAAGUGAACCAGCGAUCAGGCUAGCAAUCCAAGCACAUUUACCAGAUAAGGAAAUAGGGAGGGGGGAGAGAGAAAGAGAGAGGUCUGAAGGGGGGCAUGUGGCAUGCUUACGUAGUUUGACAGAGAUCGAGUGAGAGAGUGAACCAGAGAGAGUGAGAGAGUGCUGAAAGGAGAGGGAGGAACAAGGAGCGAGACCUAGAGAGAAAUAGGUAAUCACAGAGAGACUGAGCUCAGAACACAAACAUAAGGAGAGGGGAAAGGAGGGAGCAAGGAGAGAGAAAGAGCAAAGAGAGGGAGAGAAGAGAGAGAUGAUGGUUUUCCAGGAGGAUAGCCACUCAUCCCUGCUCUCUGCGGCAGACAUGACUCCAGGCGGAGGACUCUGCUGGAAUUAGCCAGAGGGACGAUAGAGGACAGCAGUGAUCGGGGGUGGAGGAGCCAACGUUUCUCAUGACAAUGAAUUUCAGUAAGCAAUACAGUGCAUGGCAGGAGCUUUAUGUGCAAAUGUGUAUUUACAUCAUAUUGUAGUAAAUAUAGGGAAGAUUCAGGCAGUGACAGUCGGUCCUUGAGUUUGAGCGUGUGUGUGUGUGUGUGUGUGUGUGUGUGUGUGUGUGUGUGUGUGUGGUGGGGCUGUGCAUGGAGGUGAGCAGAGGAGGGGUCAGCUGGGUGCAGUGUGUAGUGUGCUGGGUUAGAGGAGGCAGGGUACAGGGAAGGUACUGAACACAAUGCAAGGACAAGAGCUUCACAACCAUGGGAGGGAGUGCAUCUGAGGUACCAGGACAGCCCUGGGGGUAGGGUGGAGGACAGAGCGAGAGAGGGCAGGGAAGAGCGGGCGUGAGGGGGAGAAAGAGGGGGAGGAGGGAGAGAAGGAGAGAGAGCGAGAUCAUGGCUGUCACAUACAGUGAGCUAUAGCAUAGAUCUGAGUGGUGCAGCAGGGGGAAGACAAGCUUCACUACACAGGGAGGGGGAGGGAGAGAGGAGGAGAGAGGAGGAGAGGCAGACGGCACCACUCCUCUGCCAGGAAGAGAAGAGCACAACGGGACCGGACCAAGGGAGGGCACACACCUUCACCCCCACACAGUCACUCCCAUAGAGAACCAUCGGCCAGGUCAACGAGUAGAGGUCAGAAGAAGCUGGUGUGGGACGGGGGCGGAUGCGCCCCCUCUGGCUGGGGACCGUCAGGAGCGCUGAGCCCAGGAGGAGGGGGAGGAGGAGCGGGAGGAAGAGGGGGAGAGCCCCGGAGACCCGGUUCCUCCUUAGGCUGAACCUGUCUUUCAAUGACCAUGGGGGAGUGGACCAUUCUGGAGCGGCUGCUCGAGGCUGCUGUCCAGCAACAUUCUACCAUGAUUGGGAGGAUCCUGCUGACAGUAGUAGUGAUCUUCCGUAUUUUGAUAGUAGGUAUAGUGGGUGAAAAGGUCUAUGAGGACGAGCAGAUAAUGUUCAUCUGCAACACUAUGCAGCCGGGCUGCAACCAGGCCUGCUAUGACAAGGCCUUCCCCAUAUCCCACAUCCGCUUCUGGGUCUUCCAGAUCAUCUUGGUGUGUACGCCCAGCCUGUGCUUCAUCACCUACUCUGUGCACCAGUCCGCCAAGCAGCGUGACCGCAGUUACUCCAUGCUGCACCCCUACAUAGACCAUGGUCAUGCAAGUCACCACAGUCGUGGAGGCGACCACCACGCCCGCAAGCUACGCAACAUCAACGGUAUCCUGGUGCAGAACCCCGACAGCGGCAAGGAGGAGCAGGACCUGGAGGUCAAGGAGAUCCCAAAUGUAGCCCGGGGGCUCACACAGGCCAAGAGCGCCAAGGUGCGGCGGCAGGAGGGCAUCUCCCGCUUCUACGUCAUCCAGGUGGUGUUUCGUAACGUACUGGAGAUCGGCUUCCUGGCAGGCCAGUACUUCCUGUAUGGCUUCAAUGUGCCAGGGAUGUUUGAGUGUGACCGUUACCCCUGUGUGAAGGAGGUGGAGUGCUACGUAUCACGCCCCACAGAGAAGACGGUGUUCCUGAUCUUCAUGUUUGCGGUGAGCGGCAUCUGUGUGCUGCUCAACCUGGCCGAGCUCAACCACCUGGGCUGGAGGAAGAUCAAGACGGCCGUUAGGGGUGUUCAGGCCCGCAGGAAGUCCAUCUGUGAGGUGCGUAAGAAGGACGUGUCGCAUGUGUCCCAGGCCCCCAACCUGGGCAGGACCCAGUCCAGUGAGUCAGCCUAUGUCUGACAGAGGUUCCUCCACAUGGGGGGACCUGGACCUCUGGACCGAGCACAGAUUUCUCUGGGGAGGACGAACACUCAACCCAGCUCCCCCCACCCUGAGGGGCACUAACUUUACACUGCAACAUUAUUCAGGGGUGCAGAGGGACUUCACAUGGCCAUACUGAAGGAUUAUUGGAGAGAAGAGCUUUUUGGACUCUACAAGAGAGAGAAAGUACCUAAAUGGCAGUUGAGGUACUAACUAAAGUUAGAUUUAAACUGUUGGGGGAGUUGUGCCUUCCAAGAGAACACACUGGAUAAAGAGGAGAUGGGACUAAUUACUGUAAGAAUAUGAAUUAAGGAUAAUUCAAAUUAAGAAAUAAGUCUCACAUAAAUAUAUUAUCUUUGCCUUUGUGAGAGGUCAAACGUUGUCCCUUCAUUUAUUUAAGUAUGUGUGCAUAUGCAAGAACGUAUGUGUGAGCAUGCAUGCGCAUGUGUGUGUGUGCGCAAGAGAUAAGGCAGUGUGUAUGUCCUUUGUUCUGCAGUCAGAGCAGAGACGAUGGGUGAAGUUGAGUUGCUGAGGGAAUGAAAACAUUCCUUCUUUCCGUUAUUUUCCUUCCCUCCCGGCAGCUCCACUAUGAGGAGCCAAGCAGAGGAGAUGCAUCUUUUAUCAUCCCCUUAUAAACCCAGAAAAGAAGGCUUUAAAAUGUAAAAAAAAAUCAACACCAAAACUAUACCUCAGCACAAACUGGAACCCCUGUCCACGUCCCGUCCCCACUCCCUGCACUAGCAUUCCUCCCAUAGCUCCCCCCGUCCCCCCUGACCCCCC